UUGCUUCUGCGCAUAAACUUGCCCGAAGCGGACGUCGUGAACCUGUUUCGCGCCCUUGAAAGCAACCGCAGCAUCGGUAUGAUCGAGUUUCGCGGCAUCACCUUCAGGAAAAGGACUGCCAAGGCGCUGGGCAGAUUGAUCGAGCGUAACCGAUCGUUAGCUUUUCUGACCGUUCAUCUCGACGAGAGUGACCCCGACGUGGACUACGUGGCCCAGUUGCGCGGCAUCUGCCGCGAGCUCAAGGAGGCCCUCCUCCGAAACCGCUUUGUAGUCAACAUCGAAAUUUAUGCGGCCGACCGUGUCCGCUCCAACCAACCCGUCAUCAGGGACUCUCUCAGGCGUAACGCGAUGCUCGUCAACGAGGCGGUCCGGUUCGUCAAAGGCUCCAUGGAAAAAAAUGACGCCCUGGCCUUCGAGACCUUGGAGCACUGCUUGUCGCUGCAAUUGUCGCUGCGCAUGGAUUUAAACUUAUCCCUCGACUCCGCGCUCGAGAAGAUCACCGAGGCACGCGAGCGGCUCGCUUUCAACUACUUCAUCCUCGCGGGCGUUGUCAAAGCCAAGAUAGUCUGCGGCUCACGUCGCAAGAAAAAGACAACGUUCGACAAACUUGGCAAAGACAUGCAGGCGCGCAUCUGCUCCUACCUGAGCUUGAAUGACGUGAUGGACAUCUGAAGGGGCACAGUUUCUUGAGCUUCUGAAAAUAGCGACAGCUUGCGUCAACACACACACAAACUCGACCAAUGUGAAAACUGUUAAAUAUUUAACGUCAAACCAGUUGUUGAAACUUCCACGUCACAAGUGAGCGCGUGUAUUGUUUUUUUUCUUAGGUGGUACUUAAACUAAACCAUACAUUUUAAAUUCUCACUCUCAAAAAAAUAUUUCUUGCCAGUUUUCGUCGCCCAACAAACUCUGCUGACUUACUGCUAGAUUCAUUUCCUGCCCAACGUUUUAUGUGCCGAUGGUGCUAAGUACACGUACUCGACGUAACGCUUUUUCUUGCAGACGCGCAUAAGUUGCUUGCUAGUACGAUACAUCAACUAUAGUUUGACAAUCAUGGCGGUAUUUUGGUAUAUCCUUAAGCUAGUCCCCAAGAAACGCUUUGCUCAUGGUAUUUUUCGUACAUAUUAGAUUUUAGCAUGUACUGACAGAAAAUGUCAGGUAUUUCUUACGAGAUCUGUUUUACCAGGUGACGCUCCUGACAACGAUGAUUUCUCAUUGUAUUUCUUAUAAAGCAUUGCAUAUGUAUCACACGCUUUCUUUACAACGUGGAAUCGGAUAGGUUUUAAUGCUAUGGUCCCAGUGGGUACUGCGGAGUUCACUCAUUUGUGUGUUGGGUGGGGUGAGUGAGGGCUUACGUGCUGUGACCAGUGGUGGUCGUGUUAGUCUGAUUCCAACAAGGACGGUGUGGAAAGGGCGGCUUUGAGACGUCGAAGGCUGGAAGAGAACUUGCGUGCGACUAUUCAUUGGCGCACAAGCAAGUAGGUCACAGUGUUAAGUCCCCGCUCCUAAUGCAUCGCACCAGAAAUGGCACUUGUAGGCCACAGAGGCGGUGGCCAUAGAGCACGCACUCACCCUGGCGUACUUAAGAAAUCAAUUGACCUCUACGGGGUACUAUACGGUCGCAAAGUACUCGCUCGGACUGCUCUGCUCACAACGCGGAAUCUGCAAAAUUGUUUCCCCAUUGUUCAGAAGUUCUAGUGUUUGUUCAUAAAGUAUCAAUCAUUC